GUGGUAAUUGGUGUAGAUUUUAAAAUUAGAACUAUCGACUUAGAUGGAAAAACCAUAAAAUUACAAAUUUGGGAUACAGCAGGUCAAGAACGGUUUCGAACUAUAACUUCAUCAUAUUACCGUGGGGCACAUGGAAUCAUUGUUGUAUAUGAUUGCACAGAUCAAGAGUCUUUCGGAAAUGUUAAGCAAUGGCUCGAAGAAAUUGAUCGCUGUGCUUGUGAUAGUGUAAAUAAAUUACUUGUAGGCAACAAGAGUGAUUUAACUACGAAGAAAGUUGUAGACUACACUACUGCUAAGGAAUAUGCUGACCAGUUAGGAGUGCCAUUUUUGGAAACAUCAGCCAAAAAUGCAACAAAUGUGGAACAAGCAUUUAUGACAAUGGCUGCGGAAAUCAAGAACCGAGUCGGUCCACCAAGCAGCUCUGCUGAUACCGCAAGCAAAGUUAAGAUUGAUCAAGGCAGACCAGUCGAGACUAAUAAGUCUGGCUGCUGUUGAAUAAAUGUUCCAAUAUGCUACUGGUUUGGCCCAAUGGACGCCUUGUAUUUAAAUUACACAAUAUUAAAUUAAUACCAAGUAAAAUUUAAGUAAUAUCAAAUGAGUUAAUAUGAUGGGUUAAACAGCUACUCUAAGAGAUAAUAAAAUAAGUGAAUUUAAGCAAG